AUGGGGGUGGUCAGCAAUGCUCUGCUGCCGGGAAAUCAAGUGACCAAGUUUUCGAUAGGCCACGGCAAGUUCUCGAAGGUUUACAAGGGCCGAAAGAAGUUCACCAUCCGCUUUGUCGCCGUGAAGAGCUUCGAGAAGAGCCGAAGAGAAAAGGUGCUCACAGAGGCUGAGAUCCUUUCGAAGCUUAGCCAUCCGAAUGUUCUUGGCUUCGUCAACUGGUACGAGACGCGGAAUCACCUGUGGGCCAUCUUCGAGUACUGUGCCGGCGGAGACCUACUUCGACUGCUGAAGCAAGACGGCAGCCUCCCCGAGGACCAGGUGCGAGCCUUUGGUGGCGACAUUUGUGCCGGCCUGCUGCACGUCCACUCGCGUGGGAUCGUCUAUGCUGACCUAAAGCCGGCGAACAUUCUCUUCGAUGAGAACGAGACGCUGAAGCUCUGUGAUUUCGGACAAGCACAGCGGGUCGAAGCCAUCGAGCGCGCUCUGGCCGAAGGACGGCAGCCACCUCGGAAGGGCUCCCCGCAGUACAUGGCGCCGGAACUCUUCCUCGAGGGCGGCAUCCACUCUUUUGCCUCGGACCUGUGGUCCCUGGGCUGCGUUCUCUUCGAGCUGCUGACUGGCGCGCCGCCAUUCAGCUCUGUGUCCCAUCAGCAGCUGCAGCAUCUGGUGCUCUCAGGAGAGCCUCCACCUGCGAAGGCUUCCUGCGACUUCGAGGACCUGACCGUGCAGCUGCUGCGGAAGCGGCUUGGCGUCCGGGUUUUGGCAAGAGGAGUUGGUCAUUGGUGUAAAUCCAGCAGUGUGGAAAGUUCUCUAUGCGGAUCCAUAAUUCAACGAGCCCGAACCAUCCCCGCUGAUUGCUUUCUAAGUUUGCUGUUCUCAAUCUCUGCAUGUUCUCCAGUCAUUUGA